AGUAGUUCAAGGACGAAACAAAAGAUAAUAUUGAAUAAUUAAUGUAUUUUUAUUCAGUACAUUAAGCAGCGCUGCAGCAGCUAUAAAUAGUGAUUUUUAUGCCGCCCUAUCAUUUGGAGUUUGGAUUGUAUUGCUAGAAUUCGGCGAUAACAACAAUAUCAGGAUGAUAUUGAAAGCUCUGACGGUUAUAGCUGUUGUCGCUUUAUCUAAUGGAUACCUUCAGUGGGGUAAGAAAUUACCACCAUUUGCGUCCAGCAUGUACCCAGGAGCUGUAAGAGAAAGGAUAAGGAUACCACCUCGGCCAAUGCCAGGCUUCAAUGUAUUACCGUGGCUCGGUCCAUGGUAUUUUUACAAGUUCAAUAGGCGUCCAUGUAGUUGGUCGAAUUCUGAGGAAUACACAGAUUUUACCAAGGUUCUUCAGUUACAGAGAAAUAGAAUUAUAACCCAACAAACUAUGAGAACUUUUGGCACGUGCAAAUCCGUGACAGCAAUCUGGUAUGUCAAUGGUCCCGGAGUGUUUAAAGGCAUAGACCCUGUUGGAAGCAGAUACAGUUUUACCGGUACAAUUAUCUUGGUUGAUACUGAUUAUAAAGGUUUCGCUGUAAUUUGGGGAUGCCAAAAAUGGUCGGUAUUUGGUAAUAUUUGUGAAGAUCCUGGCUUAUACAUUACAACAAGACAUCUCACACCGCACCCGGAAGUACUGAGACGCGUGGAAAGUGUCCUUCUAAACACAUGGGAUAUCUCACUUAACCAGUUGACGAGUGUACCUCAUGUAAAACCUUGCAUUACUGGAAGGAAUCCGAUCGGCUAAGAUGGCGGAGUACACUAGAAACUAGACUGAAACAGUACCACAUAAAAGAACAGUCUUCGAUCAAAGUUAUGAUAAAAAGUUCCCAAAACGAAAAUAGCUGUUUAUCUAUUUACUCCCACCAUACUAAGCACCAUUAUUCUUGGAUUAUUCCUAGACUACAUGUUGUUAUAUUUUCUAGUCCUUUAGAAAUACUUUGGUAUCAUUCCGCUGAGAAAGGUGCCAAGAGCAUGAGAAAAGCUGCAUAUUUCAUUACAUCAAUAAACAGAGUCAUUCGAAGCAAA